AUGAAUGCUACUGGCCAUAGUUGUGACUGGAACCAGGCCAAAGAAAUGGAAAAACGUGCGGCUGCAAAUGAUUCUGAUGACUUAAAGACAAUUCAGGAAACAAGGAAGAAGAGGUUGGUGAAGAAACCUGCAAAAUACUCUCCCAGUUUGUUUCUCCUUGAAAAUCGCAAAAGAGCUCAUUCUUCAUCAUCCGAGGAUAAUUCAAGAGUCGUUGAUCCAAUUUCUCCAGUGGUCUCGACAAAAAGAUCAUCUGAUAAUUUAGAACAUAUACCUCAACAACGGAAGAAAACACGGGACACAGUUGUUCUUGAAUCGUCUCCUUCUUCCAAUGGCGGUGAAGAAUCCAUUGGUCGUCAACACCGAUUUACAGAGUAUCAUCCCACUCAGCGUUUAGAUGACAGCUUUGGCGAAAACGAUCAAUCGACAAUUAAUAGAUUUCUGGGAGAAGAUUACUUGCAUUCUAAAGUUAGUGAGUGUCAGGAGGUACAGAGUGGUAAUGCUGCUGUUGCUAAAACAAGAAAUAAACGCGAUGUUCCUGUUUCUGGCCUCGACAAGAGCAAAGGUUUCGAUUCAACUAACAAAAAUGGUCUUAAGGAAAAUGUGAACCAGUAUUCUAGACCGAACAAAGAAAGUGGAAGUAAAAACAGCUCAACUUACGACCCGUCCCUAGCUAGCUUUGGUCGAAAACAAUCAAUUCUCCAGGAAACGAGCAACAACAUACGCCAGGUUGAGGCUCAAGAAAAAAAGGAGUUGUCAAAACAGCAGAAUAAUUUCGGAAAACAACUUAUCCCUAAAGGGAAAUCCUCUACAAGUUCGACUUCAAACAGGGGCCGUUUGCAAUUACUAGACGUCGCUGAAGCACUUAAACAAAAGUCAAGAUCUUUCCCUGCUAUGACGCCUCAUUCACCCGUCAAGUCUUUUAAAAAGAAAAUAUUUGCCGAUAGCCCUCAAUCUAAAGGAUCGUUCAAAAAGCGUAUUGACGCCGGAGGACCGACGAACAAAUCCCUCACAGUCGAUUCCCGUGCAAUUAUUACUCAGCAACCGCGUCAAAAUGUUGUGAUGAACAAGUGUAACUGUAGUGUGGUGAAGAAGUUGAUUUUGAAAAAACUCACUGAGCUGGCUGAUAACCAAAAGACUUUGGCAGCCGAUGUUAGAUUAUUGUUGGACCAUAUCAAAACAGAAGCCAAAACUCCAACUACUACGGCGCAUGACAUCGUUCAAUUACCUGUUACUUGUAUUGCUGAAUGGAGUCUUCUGAUGGAAGUUCUUAAAUCAGAUUCAAACCCUAGCAAAUAUCUUGCGGGGCAAAACCAGUUUUUCCCGGGUAUUUUUCACCAGUUUUAA